AUGCUUAGUUGGGCUAUGGUCCAUGAGACCAAGGGACUGGUCCUGUUACCAAAUGAACGCAUCAUAUACUCCUCCCCUCCACGAACGAGCAUAUCACUUCGCUCCAUCCAUCCCGGCCCAGAUAAGCAGACCUUUUCAAAACAGAGCAGUGCCGGCCACGUUCACCUCACAAACCAGAGAAUCGUCUACCUCCCAUCCCAACCAACGCCGGAAUUCCAAUCAUUCUCCGCACCACUCCUAAACCUGCUUGACACACACGUUGCCGCGCCCUUCUUCGGCCCUAAUGUAUGGAACUCCGUCGUCCAGCCCGUAUCCGGCGGCGGAAUACCGGCCACGUAUGCGGCGAUACAGCUAAAACUAACCUUCAAGGAUGGAGGGGCGUUUGAUUUCCACUCGAACUAUGAACAGAUCAAGGAACGGUUGCAGCAGGCUGUUGAGAGGGCGAGAGAGGGCGGGCUGAUGUCUGGUGAUGGAGCGCAGGUGGGUACGGGUCGUGAUGGAGGUGCGUUUGGAGUCGUCGAUUUUGCAAAUGUGCAUCUCGAGGAGUUGCCUGCGUAUGAAGGGCCGGCGGGUGCGGUGUCGGCGCGGAUACAGUCGUUGGAUAGGCCGCCGGAGCAUGGAGAGGGUGAGAGUCGUCUGGCUGGCAGCAGGUCGGAACGUCCGCUGUUCGAGCCGCCUACGGAGCCACCGCCGGGGUAUGAGGAGGUGCAGCAGCAGAGCGUCGCGAACGAGUUAGAGAACCAGCUCCGUCAGCGUCGUUGA